AUGGCAUUCGCGUGGAAAGCCGCCGGUCUCACCUACAACCGCUACAUUGCCGUCGCAUCACGCGUCGUGCGCCGCUCGCUCAAGGAGGACAAGCGCAUUGCUGCUGAGCGCAGGGGCGAGAGCGAACUCCGAUUCGCCAAGUGGGAGAACGGCAAGCAGGGCGAGAUGAAGGACCUCAACGCUGCGGCUCUCCAGGCCCAGGCUGAUGCUGCCAAGACCUCGUAA